CGCCAUUUAAAUCUUUUAAAAACUAGUGUGUUCUUGUUUGUCAGACCGAAAAGCAGCUACAGAAAUCGGCAGUGUGCACAACAACGGCUGGAUUUAUCGUUUUUAAGGUAACAUUUCAAAGCAGCUAUGGGAACAAGUGAGAGCAAGAUGGCUGUGUCUGCAGACACUAAACCAGAACCAGCCAUUAAAAAGAUGCAUGCGGGUCGCCUGGUGGAUCCACGCUCUCCCUCAGCUGGAAUUGAUCGAACACCCAUUCAGUUUUGUAGACAGGAGUCCAAAACUACUGCAGCGGUGAACAGUGAGUGUCCCCUGGCCUUUAACGAUCCCAGGUCACCUACCGUUGGCGUUACACGCACCCCUGUGAGAGAAUUUGUGAGAGCAACCGUCGGGUCUUUUGCUCACCGUCUAGGUUUGCUUUUCCACAACGAGGCUGAAGGCAAAGUCCCUCAGGGCCCCCAGAAAUGCUUGAGUGUUCCUGUAGAUGAGGUCCUCAGAGACGAAGAGCUGGCCUCAACAGAGCCGCUUCUCACUCCUCUCAAAAUAAAAGACUUGAGUUCUUUAGCUGAACAUGCUAACCUCCUCGCUACCCCUGUUCAAGCUCCUCAGCACUUUGUUGGCAGCUCAAGCCCCUUUGAGCUUCUCUGGGAUCCUCAGGUGGAGGUAGAGAUCGAGACAGAAGCAGAAAUUAGCCUGGAGGAAGCAGAAGAAGCCAGAGAAACCCCCCUGCACAAGAGACUGAGCAUGAGCCUUAUAACAUGCCAUGAGGGAGCAACUUCAUCUCAGAUCAUUGCUGAGGUCCACAGUGAAGGUCCUGCUUUCUCAGAACCUGAUGUGGAAAACAACCAACUUGGGGGUGAGGUGGAUCAUUCGUAUGCAGUUCCCUCUAUUGCAGUUCAGCCAGAGUCGUCCACUGAGUCACCAGUGGAAGUGGAGAAAGAGCCUCCUGCCCAGGAAGCUGAAUCCCGUCUGCCUCCCUCAGAAGAACUAGUAGUCCCCAGUCCAGAGCAGCAAGCAGUGGGGACAGGUAUCCGCUGCCCAUCCUUUGACACAAAGAGCCCCAGUCAGCUGGAGUUCAAGCCACAGUGGUUGGGAAAAGGUUUUGGUGCCACUGGACUACGAUCUAGAGGUGUGCAAGGGAACAAAGGAGGCUCAUCUCCUCUUGCUGUCCGUGUGGCUGUAAAGGGUAUAAACAACGAAAACAAGAGGCAGUCUGGAAAACUGAAAAACAAAGGUACUGAGGGCCGCUCUCCGCUGCAGAUCCUUAAGGAGACCAACUCUCCUCGUGAUCAACGUAACCAGUUGAAGCUAAAGGCAUCCAAUCAGUCCAAGCAGCGACUUGGACAGAUGGACCGCAGAGUUCUGGCAGUAUCUAUGGACAAGGAGAACUAAUGAAGGAAGAUGUACAGUCUGCCCCUCCUAUAAAUUUCUUUAAAAUAUCCUUUUAUGUGUAGCUGUCUAAAACCUAUAUUUGAAAUGUGCUUUAUUUUAACUGCUAUAUGCUGCUUUUUUUCUCCUUUUUUUUGUUAAUGUCAACUUUACAUGUCCAGGCUUGGCUUGAUUUUAAUUUUUUCAAUCCUUUUUUUUUGUUCCUGUUUCUUGCUUUUU